AUGAAUAUCGAACAAUUAUGUAAUUAUGAUCUUUUGCUGUCUUUCGAAACUGAAUCAAAAAAGCUUUUAGCGUUCUUCAAAGAUGAUAUUAAUAACGAUGAUCCAAAGUUAAAUACUUGCAAACUUAUUGCAAACAUUGGGGUUGAAAUUUUGGAUAGAUAUUACAGAAUAAUUCAUUCCACAUCAUUUUUAAGGGAAAGUAGCUUUUUAAAUAGAAACAGUUUUAUUGAAGCAUUAGAUGGAAGAAUUACAAAUGUUUUGAAAGUAUGUAGAUUCUGCAUAGAAUUUCUUAUUUAUCAAGAUGAAAAUAUAGUUAGAAAAAAAUAUUCAGAUAAUAAAGAAGAUAAAGAUGUUCUAUUUGAAUUGCUUUGCAAGGUCUUAUUCUAUCAAGGCGAUUUUCUGGAAUGCAGUGUUAUUUUGGGGCGUAUUUUGGGUGAUUGUUCAGAAGAAGAUAUAUUUAACCAAAAAAUUAAAAUAAAAUUCAGAUAUUUAUUCGAAUUUUUUAGUUCUUGGAAUCUACUUAAUGCAAAGGAAACUCCUUUCAAUAAUAUAAAUAAUAAUAUGUUUGGAGAUAUUAUAUUAAAAGAGCUGAAGUUACGAAGUUUAUGUUCUGUGAUUUUAGAUGAAAAUAAUCAUUGUAAAAAUGAUCAGACAAGUUACGCUGAAAUUGUUAAUGAAAUACAACAUUCAUUUGUUAAAUUUUACAAAGAAAUAAGUAUUAAAGACAAAACUUUUUCUAAAAAAAUGAUUCAAGACCAAUUUUCUACUAUUUUGGAAAAUAUAUUAAUAAGGUUAGAAUGCUGUAAAAAGUAUCAAAAAAAGUAUCUUGAUAAUAAAAGAUUUGCCUUGAUGAAUGAUCUCAGUUUGGAAAAAAAUUACAUGAAAUCAAUAAAACUCUUUUCUUCCAUUCUAAAUCAAGAUAAUACUAGAAAUAAUAUUUUUAAGUACCUGGAAGAAAUUAUGUUAUUAUUUGGAAUAAAUAACUUCGAGAUAAGUUGCGACCCAUUUCAAUCUUUGCAAAAUUAUUUAAGUGAUUUAAGUAUGAAGUUAAAUAUAUCAAAUUCCAGAAACGAAUCUAAAGUAACUACCGAUAGAAUAACAAGAAGCAGAAACAAUAUUAAUAACGAAUUUUCUAAUUUUAAUUUGAAUAAAGAAGCUAUUGAAUACGAUUUAGUAUUUAAGCUAGAGAAUCCAUUAAAACAGAUAAUUAUUGAUAUUUACAACAAUACUUUAAUAUUUCCUAAAUAUAACGAUAAACAAUACAAGAUUUGGAUCCAAACAAUCCCAUAUUAUUGUUACAAUCUUAUUUUAAGCAUAUUAAAAAAAAAAGAAAUGAAAUGUGAUGAUAUUUUUAGUCUAAACUUAAAUAGCAAUUUUCCAUCAAUUGAACAAUUUGAUGAAAUGAUCAUUAAAGAAACAAACUUGGUAACUGAACAUUAUGCAACAAUGAUAGAAACCAAAUCUGUCAGUUUUCAAGAUAUAGAACUAUUUUUUAAUAGAUUAAGGCAUGAUUUUUGUGACAGUUUUAAUGGGAAGCACAUUUGUGAAGCUGUUGAUAAUAAAAUACAAUUUCUUUCAACUAAUUUACUACCAUUAAUUGAUGAAUUUUUAAUCAAUUUUAAUAUUCUAUUGAACAAAAUAUUGAAAUUCAUAUUCUCAACGCCAAAUAAGGACACAAUAGUUUUUGAUGAGGAGAUAUACACUUUAUUUUUUAAUCUAAUAGAGGGAUUAUUCAAAUAUUGUACAAGAAUCAUCAAAAAUGUAGUUUAUUAUGAAGAAUCAUAUAGAAAUAUGAAUAAUAGAUCAACAAUUAGAUUUGAAUAUUUAAUUGAUGGAUUAGAAAGUUAUGACGAAAAUAAUAGUUGGAUAGAAGUUACUAACAGUCUCUAUUAUUUAUUAUUUAAAGUUAAUGAACCAGUUCAAAAGGAUAUUUUAUUUUUGUUUUACAAUAUUAUGAAGACAUUAGUUAUUUUCAUUUUUGUUACAAAAAAUAUUUUGAAUAUCGAAAGCAGGCAAAUUAUACUUUUUUAUAAUGGAUUAAGAUCAAAAUUUUUAUGUUUAAUGGAUACGUUUUCUUUAAUAAAAGAAAAAUUUGAUAAUAACAUUAUAACUGAAAUUGAUCUUUUAACUAAAAAAUUAUUAAUAUUGUUUAAAGUUUUUGAAAUACCUAUAGUAGAAAUAUACUUAGAUAACGGGUUUCUACUUUUAUUGAAAGAAGAUUUAAUGAAAAUAUGCAAAUAUAUUGAACAAAUUAAUUUGAUAAUAAAUUUAUCUGUAGAUUUCCUAGGCCAUAAAGAAAUUAAUAAUAAUUUUUUAAUUGGUCAUGCUUUAACACUUUUUUCAAAUAAAAGCAUUCAGAUAAUUAAAGACAAGUUUAUGAAUUGGAAAAAUAUUUUUUAUUCAAAAUUGAAAAAUGAUUUUUCCUCCGAUUUUAUGAUCUAUUCAACAUUUCUAGAAAAUAAUUAUUUUGAACAUUUAAAAAUGAAGAAAAUAAAUUGUAUGAAAAAUGAGUUAAUUGAUCAAAUAUUUCUUCAACACAUCGAUAAUAUAGUGUCAGAUGUAUAUUUAUUUGUGGUUUUUGAGAAAUACGAGCUAUCGGAAAGUUUUUAUGGAUUUUUAGUUUCAUUAAUGAAAACUUUAAUAAUUAUUAUCAAUGAAGAUGUGCGAUAUUUGUAUUUUAAUGGCAUUAUAAUAAAUUCAAUAAUUUCUAAUAUUACAAAGUUAUUGAUUAAGUUUACAGAGAUAUAUGAGUUCAACUCAAUAAUACUCAAUGAAUUAUUUGAAGAAACAUUAUAUAAUUUAUUAUUUGAAAGUAUAUUAAUAAACGUCACAUGUAUUCAUAAGAUUUUUAUGAAUCAUUUAUCAGCAAAUAAGUUAAAUUUAUUGAUCAUGAAAAAUUUAAUGAACCUUUUAAUAGUUCUAUUUGAUUUUUUCAAGUACUCAUGUUCAAUAAAAGAAAUAUCUUCAAAUUCAAUAAUUAAUUUAAUUAGAUAUCUAACGUAUUUAGAGUUCUCAUUUGAAUUUUUUAAGGAUGAAAGCAGAGAAAUAAAAGACAUCAAAAUUUUUAAAAAUAGUGAAGAUGAAAUUUAUAAAAAACAUAUUUUGAACAAUUACUGUAUUACAAUUCCAAUUAUAGAACAAACUUGUGAUUUUGAAUUUCUGAACAUUUCUGAAAUCGAUGAAGCUAAAUUAAGUCAAAAAUUUGAUAAAUUCCUGAAUUCAGUUCUAAAUACAAAAAUACUAUUAUUAUCCACUACUAUAAAAUUUGCUUUGUUUUCAAACCUUUCAACUAUUGAGAAUUGGUUUAAAGAAACAUUAGUUUUUGUUGAAAAAUAUGAAGUUAAUAAUUAUUUAAUGAAUUGGAAUUCACUAUACUACGAAUGUAAAAAAAUAGUACAAAGAUAUUCAACCGUAAAUAAAUCUUUAAAUAUGAGAAAUUUAUACCCGAAAAAUAAGCUGGACGAAAAUCAUUUAUCGCCUGAGCAAGAAACUGAAUAUUUAGAGUUGCUUGGAAUUCAAUUCCAAUUACUUUAUGGAAUCCCAGUUUGUCCAUUGCCAUCAAUGCCAUUUAAUAAAAUGCCAAUAUAUAAUCAGGCCUUAGUAUAUGAUUUUUUACUUAAUCUAAAUAAUUUUGUUUCUAAUUCAACAAAUUUCAAGAAUUUAUUUAUUAAUUGGCUAAUUCAUAAAAUAACAAAUACUCAAAAGGUACAAACAACUGAAAUUCUAGAAUACAUUUCUCCAUACUCACCAUUAAUAGCUAUGUGUUGUAAUAUAUUUCAUACUUUAAUUAACUGUACUUCCUUAACAGAAAAACAAUAUUCUGAUAGCAAAAUAAAGUUCUAUACAUCUAUAAUAGGACUAAUUGAAAUACUAUAUUUUAAUGGAAGUUUUAUAGAUUCAGAGACUAAUGAAAAUAUUUGGAAUAUUAUUUCAUCUCCUUUAAUUUAUCCAUUAUUUAUGGACAAUUUAUAUAAAGUGCUUAAUCAUGAAAAAAAUAAUUACCAUGAUAUUUUUAAACAAAACCUAGAAAACGGUUUUUCUUCUAUCCUUUAUAAUUCACAUGUUUCCGAUCAAAUAUUAAAUUUUUAUGAUAAUAUCAUGGUACUUUCCCCUUCAUUUUUGCACUUUGAAAUUAACAGCUCAAAAAUGGAUAAGCACGGUUUUGAUGAAUUGUUAUUUGAUGAUAUUUCAAUGUAUUUUAAAGAAAAUAAACUAACAAUGGUUUCAUUAGAACCACUUUUAUAUUGCAAAUAUUAUUAUGCAUUCCUUUUGGAUAAACUUAUAAGAUCAAAUAUGGAUGUUAAAUUUUUGAAUGAAAAAUAUUCAGAUAAAACUUUAAUUCAAAUUCAAAAAAAAGCCGGUGAUUUCGUUUCUUUUUCUAAUCAAGACAGUAUUUUUCUUAAAAUUAACUGGAAGAAUAUCAAGAAAUACAUUCCUUUCAAAUUUCUAAAAGAUUGUUUUAUCUCCUGUAUACCUAUUUCAUAUGUAGAUAGAUCGUCAAGUUUAUGGAACCCAGGUAGAUUUGGAGCAACAGGAAAUAAUAAUAUACAACCUAGCCUAAAUACGUUAUUUAAAUAUUUAAGAUGGUUAAAUAUUAAUCUUUUUUUAAUUGAUAAUUAUGAUAUAAAUAUAGUUACAUGCUGCAAUAAUAUAUUAAAACAAAUUAUCUGCGAGUUUGAUGAUUAUAAUACUUUUGAAAAUUUAGAAAAUGAAUAUCCUAUAUUGCUAAAAAGAAUUAUUGCACAAUUAAUCUACUUACUUGAAUGUGAAAUCAAAUAUUUCAUUAAACUUGAAAAUGACAUACAAAUGCCUUAUUCUCAAAUUGUAAAUAAUAUUCUUUCUGUGGCUUUUGAUCAAAUAAUAAUAAGGUAUAUCAAUAUUAAAGGUGUAUAUAAGAAAACGAAUACUAAAUAUUUAAUAAUUUAUCUAAAUAAAAAUAAAAUUUUAUCUAAAUAUAGAUGCUAUAAUAAGAUAGUUCCAAAAAAUUAUGAAAAUAGCCUAAUAAUAAAUUCCAUUGAAGUAAUUUCAAGGUUAAGAAAGAGUUUAUUUACAGAAUUUAUACCAAAAGUUUCUACUCAAAAUAAAAAAUGGUAUAGUAUUUAUGCAAAUUCUUUCUCACAAAUUCAUAAUUGUAUUUGGCUUCCAUCAUUGUUAGAAUCAAAAACUAGAUUCAAACUAGCAAAAAUAUUGAUUUCUUCAUUUUUAUUUAAUUCAGAAAAGAAUCAAGAUGAUCUUAAAAGAGCAAUAAUUGAAUUGAAAAAUGCUUAUAGUCUUUCAGUCGAAUCAUUAGUUAUUUGUCAUUUAAUCUUAAGCGGAGAUGAAGAUGAAGUAGAAAUAUUUUUUAAGAGCUAUGAGAAGAAUUCACAAAAAAACGAAUUAAUUAACUUUUUUAAUUCAAAACUACUAAUUAUUUACGGUAUUUUUUUCAAUAUUUAUUUGAACAAGUUUCCUGAAAAGAAUCCAUUGGGUAAUAAAAUAGGAUUUUUGAGAACUCAAAUAAAUGAUGCUACUAAAAAUAUCAAUAUUUCAUAUUCAAAUUUAAGCUCAAAUCUUGCCAGUAUAUUAUUUUAUUUCUAUAAAUCCUUCAUUAAUUAUCAAUCAAUAAAGCAAUUUAUUAUCAUUUUUAUUACAAAUAACUCAAUACCCUUAUUAAAUGAUGACAUAACAGAAUUUAAAAAUUUAAUCAAAAUAAACUCUCAUUCAGUUUAUGAAUAUAAUAUAAAAGAAAUGUUGAACGAAUUAAUUUUUGAUGAAUUGAAUUCUAGCCAAACAAUUUUGAAAAAAAACAAGUUAAUUCAAUCAAUAUUUACACCUAUAAUAAGCCAAUCAUUUUCUCAUUUCUCUUUAAUUAACUUUAUUCUUUUGGAAGAAGAUUCAAAAAAUUUGUUAUCUUAUUACCAAAAGUUUUUAUUAAAUAAAAAAGUAAUGAAUUUUUGGGGUUUUGAAACUAAUAAAUUCAUUAAUGAUCAUUAUAAUGGUCUGUACCUUAGAAGAAACAGAAAGUAUUUAUGUAAUAGAUACAAGUUUAUGUUAAUACCUUCAAUAUUAAUUUUGGUAAUCAAAAAUGAAAUUAUUACAAAUAUAAAAAAUCUUCUGGCGAACUGUAUUAAUUCUGAAACAAAGUUGUAUAAUUGUUUCAACAGGGAUCAACUAAUGUAUAGUUACGAUAAUUUUCCUAUUUUCUUCACAAUUUACAAUUUAUUAUUGGAGACAAAAAGUAAUAAUUUUUCUAAUAUCAGUGAUAUUUCAUAUCAUUAUUUGGGAAGUUUUAACCUGAUAUUGGAUUAUUUAAUUGAUGUAUUAAUCGGUGAGUUUAAAUCUAUUAGACAAUUACCAGCUGUUGAAAAGUUUGAAUAUUUUAUAAGUGACCAAAUUAAAAAUUACAGCAAGAAGAAUAUUACUACAAGUUUAAUCGAUAUAGGUGUGAUCAAUUGGAAUGAUAUUUCCGAGUCUGGGCACUUUAAUAUUUCUUUAAAUGCGAUUAUAAAAACUUUGAAUAACAUUCUUGAAUUAUUCGAUUUUGUUGAUAAUAUUGGUCUUCCGAUUGAUGGUAAGCUGUUUUCAUAUUUGUUUGGUUUGGUUAUUAUAUUUCAUAAAUAUGAAAUAGUAUAUUCAGAAAAUGAUAAUUCGCAGAUUAACAAUGAAUUUGUUCAAUGUAUUCCCUUAAACACUAUAAAACAAUUGGAAAGGCAAUUAGGGAAUUUUGUACUAAAUAAUAUCCCUUUUUCUAUUAUACCUAGAAUUGGCGAAUUCAAAUUACUUUUCAAGAAUAUUUUUAUCAAUAUUUUUAAUAAAUGUUUUGUAUUUUCUAUAGAUAAUAAAAUUGAAUAUAACAAAAAUUAUUUUUUUGAAGUUUUCAAUUUAAUUAUACAAUUUUUAGGAGUUUCUUCUAAUGGGGUAAAUGCUGUCAAUCUAACUUCAAAAAACAACGAAGGAAUUGAAAGUAUUUCAUUAUACGAAAUGAAACCAGAGUUAAAAAGAAUUAGAUAUGAUAUUUCAUUAUUUGAGGAAUCGUAA